AUGUCGCCGACGAAGAAGCCGUACAACGACAUCGAGUCCGGCAGCUCUGGUGAUGGAACGAAACCGUUGUUAACCGCGGGAAAAUCAGGUCCAGAGUCGCAAUACGGCACCAAUAAGUCGGACACCGGAAGCGAUUCUGGCGAGGAGAAUAAUAACAAUAUGAGUAGUAUGACGACGAACGAUCAGUAUUACAUGGGCGUGGACAGAGAGACUCUGUUCAACACUCCCGAGGACGGUUUAACCGAACUCGAAGCGGAGAGACGCUUGCAGUUGUUCGGUUUGAACGAACUCUCCAGGAAAGAAGAAAACGUCUGGGUGAAACUGGCUUUGGAAUUUGUCCAGCCGAUGCCGUUGAUGAUUUGGGCCGCGAUUCUUAUCGAAAGUUUAGAAGCGUACGUGCACAGUUCGCCCGACGACGUGGUCGACGUCCUUGUGCUGGUUGUUUUGCAGUUACUGAACGUUUUGGUCGGCUUUAUCGAGGAGUUAAAGGCUGGUGAUUCCAUCGCAGCUCUGAGAGAUUCGUUGAAACCAGAAGCGAUCGUUAAGAGAGAAAAUAAAAUAUACACCAUCAACGCGACUUUGUUAGUCCCGGGGGAUGUGAUCGCGUUAGGUGCCGGUGGAGCUAUUCCAGCUGACUGCAAAUUACGAGAAGGUAAACCGAUUCAAGUCGACCAAGCCGCUUUGACCGGGGAAAGUUUACCGGUGGCUAUGUUUGAAGGCUCCGAAGCGAAGAUGGGGUCAACGGUCACGCGCGGUGAAAUCGAAGCUACGGUUACCGCGACCGGGUCGCAAACGUUCUUCGGUAAAACUGCGGAUUUAGUCCAAGGUGUAGACGAGCUCGGGCACUUUGAAAAAGUGUUGAGAGAAAUCAUGUACAUCUUGGUUGCGUUGGGCGUGUUUAUUUGCGCGUUGGUGUUUAUUUACUUGAACAUGAUCGGUGUCGAUUUCUGGCAAACGCUCGCGUUCAACGUCGUUCUUUUAGUCGCUUCGAUUCCAAUCGCGUUGAGAGUAGUCUGUACGACGACGUUGGCGUUGGGAUGCCAUGAACUAGCCGCGGAGAAGGCAAUCGUAGCUCGCCUUUCCUCCGUGGAAGAACUCGCGGGUAUGACCAUCUUGUGCUCGGACAAGACUGGAACUUUGACGUUGAACAAGAUGAUGCUGCAAGAGUAUUUGCCAACGUUCGUGCCGGAUGUUACGAGAGAAGAAGUGUUGAAAUUGGCCGCUUUGGCGGCGAAAUGGUGGGAGCCGGCGAAGGAUGCGUUGGAUACUUUGGUGUUGAACUCGGUCGAUCGCGUCGAGUUGGACCCGUACGAGCACACCGAUUACGUUCCGUUUGAUCCAAUCAUCAAGAGAACCGAAGCGACUGUGAAGAAUGAAACCACCGGUGAGAAGUUUGUCGUCACUAAAGGUGCUCCUCACGUGCUUUUGGAGAUGAGUGUAAACAAAGAUAAAAUCGGUAAAGAAGUUGAAGAAAAAGUAUUAGAGCUCGCGCACAGAGGUAUUCGAUCCUUGGCCGUUGCAAGAACGAAAAAUGGCGACAUCACUGAACGGAAAUUUGAAUUCAUCGGUAUUCUUACCUUUUUGGACCCGCCUCGUCCGGAUACCAAACAUACCAUCGAUUGCGCGAAUGACUUUGGUGUCACGGUGAAAAUGAUCACUGGAGAUCACCGUGCGAUUGCGGUUGAGACGUGCCGCACGUUAGGUAUGGGAACGAAUGUUUUAGGUGCUGAGAAGCUUCCUUUGCUUACGGCUCAGGAUCUCGAGGCGUCGACGACGUUGGGCAGAGACUACGGGGAGAUGUGCCGCCAAGCAGAUGGUUUCGCCCAAGUCUUCCCGGAGCACAAAUAUCUCAUCGUUGAGGCGUUACGUCAACAAGGUUACUUGGUUGGCAUGACUGGUGAUGGUGUGAACGAUGCGCCGGCGUUAAAACGGUCUGAUGUCGGUAUCGCCGUUCAAGGGGCGACUUCUGCAGCGCAAGCUGCCGCCGAUAUUGUCUUGACGCAACCGGGUUUGAGCACUAUCGUCACCGCCAUCGUGACCUCAAGGAAGAUCUUCCAGAGAAUGAAGAACUUUGUGAUUUACCGCGUCGCGUGUACUGAACAGCUGUUGUUCUUCUUUUUCAUCUCGUGCAUCUUCUAUCAUCCGAACGAGUACAACGCGGAUUGGCCGUCGUACUUUGCGAUCCCAGUUAUCGCUUUGGUUACCAUCACCAUCUUGAAUGACGGCACCAUUAUUUCGGUCGCGUACGAUCACGUCGAUGCUUCCAUAAAGCCAGAGAAGUGGGAUCUGAAUAUUUUAUAUAUUGUCUCUUCCGCUAUUGGCAUGGUUGCUUUGAUUGGUUCGAUCGUAUUGUUGGAGUUAUCAUUGGAUUCGCAAUCGCCGGAUGGCCUGUGGCGAUCCAUGGGAUUACCAGUCAUGACAUACGGAGAGAUCCAAACGCUCAUGUACUUGAAAAUCUCGCUUUCGGAUUACUUCUCCGUGUUCAACUCGAGAACGAAAGGUUGGAUGUGGUCGAGAAUGCCGUCGAUCGUUUUAGUUGGCGCGUUUAUUCUCGCUACUACGUGUUCUACGUUUUUGGCCGUCUAUUGGCCAUUCGGAAAUGGGAUGCAAGGCAUCGAGUGGGAUUUAGCCGUGUACUGUUGGUUGUACGUAAUCAUGUGGGCAUUUAUUCAAGAUGCCGCUAAGGUUGUGACAUACAAGGUGUUGCAAUCUAUUGGAUGGGUUGAGUCCGUCAAGGUGAUUGAUGAGAAGGCUUUGAAGAGAGGGAGAGAUGCAGUUCUCGGCGCGCUAUAA